GAUUAUAUGGCAUUAAAACAAAUUAUAGUUCUUGACAUUGUUUAUUUACAAUAAAAUGAAAUACCGUCAAGAAUUACCAUAAUGUAAAUAGAAGGAAAAGAAGAGCCCUUUUACGAGUUGUAAUGAAAACCGCAUCAAAACGUAUACAUUAAAUACGCCUGCCACCGAAACGUUGAAGUGUUUAAUAAGCGCGGCAGCCAAAGGCAGAAGCCUGACGAAGACUCAAUUGUUGGAAAUAUCGUGGUAUACUGCAUGCGAAACACAAAUGUAGUUCGUAAUCAUCUUCAAACAUUUCGUCGUCAUUUUGCUUUUCUAAUUAAAAUAGUUUCAACGAAGUUAUAUUAAAAUCUAAGAAAAUAGACUUCGUGAUUACUAUUUGGUCUGAAACAGCACGAAAAAGGGCUAUCUCGGAAGACGCAUUAGUGCGCAUACUUAUGGUAUGCGCAAGAACUGGGACUUAUCCGAGCCGCGGAGGCGAUCUCGAAACUAAUUGAGGAGAAGGAAUUCUUCGAAGAAGAGGUCAUGGUGAAUGCACGUGGAGCGUCUAUCGAUGAAUUGGCAAAAGAUCUUGCUACGAUUAAAACGAAUACGAGCAACAUGCCAGAUUUCGAAAAAUCCUUAGAGGAGUGCAUGCAGGUGUUCGACGAGGAUUGCCAAGGAAUGUCGACAUUUGCCCCGAGUAUCGAGGAGUUCAUGCAGAUGAUCGAGGAGGCUUUUGAUGGCGCGUCGACAUCAGCGCAGGCGGCGCAAAUAAGAAAGAAUCGGCGGCUCCGAGCUGAAUCUCUCUUUCGACAAAAACUGCCAAACACUGAAGGAGAUUGCGGAGAAGAAGUACUUUGCGAUGUCCCCACUAUAAAUGAUAGAAUAGUGCACGUUAAUUUUGACGACGAUUGCACAAACAUGAAGACGAUAUAUUCGCGAAAGUAAUUGGGAAAUCGUGUUCGCAGCGCGGGGUCUGUUGACCUUGUUCAACAUCGUGCUGAACGCCUACCCCCGCACAUCUUAUGCGGGUGGAUUAGAGGAGCUAUUUGACGUGAAUCUGCAAGCCGCUGAAGAUGUGGCAUUAUAGGUGAAGGCUGUCGUCUGUAGCGGAUCCCCCGUUGACAAACGAAUACUGGGAGGAAAAUUCGCCAGCGGUGUGUACAGAAGAAAGCGGGCAGGCGGAAGCAUUCACUUCAUACGCCUAUUAUAUGACUACCCCCAUUUAGCGGAAGCGCUACUAACUAAAUAUAAGAGGAAAAAGAAAAGCAACAAUGAUCUACAACUGCUUAAAAAUUUGUCGGAAACGGAGGCGCCCAGCUCACUCUUCUGGGGUCAGACUGGUCCUUUGCUGAUGUAUAGCUCGCCAUGGGGGUCUAUUAUUACACAAUUCCUGAAUAAUACACACGUCGCGACUUUCCAGGCAGCUAUAAAGAGUGAUGAGAUCGAAAACUCCGACGGCAAGGCGCAAAAUAGAAAAAAACAGCUGCUUCCACGCAAUAUUAUAAGGAAUAAUAAUUAGGUUUUUUUACUUUAAGAUUGAAAAUCAAAACAACAAAAAAAAGGUACUGAAACAGUUUUGCAUAACUUUUCGUGGGAGUUCUCACGUUGUGCGAACGCAGAAAGCAAUGAAGUUUUAUGAUAUUUAAAAAUUUAGGAAAAAAAGCAGAGGAUUAUAAAAAAAAAUGUAACUUUUUGA